CUCGUGUUGCUCUCAUCCAAGGUGUGGUAUAAAAGAGCCUCACUCCUCAGUGUGCACCAGAAGCAUCUCACUUGUUGGAUUUUGUUGGGCACAUCUACUGCUUCAUACAGACAUGUCAGGGAAGGUUUUCGUGGUGAUCACACUGUUGGUUGUGCUGCUUGUAUCCAGUGCAGCCUCCUCGCCUGUGGAGGCUAAGGAGACUAAGAUGCUACAGCAGCUUCUAGAUAAGAGGGAGAAGGUGAAAGACUUGGGUGGCAGACAGAACCCAGCUCCUCCGGCCUUCGCCACACGGGUCCAGAGACGGGCACACCUGUCGGAGGAUGAACGGGAGAGUAUGACUAAGCAAAUAAUGCAGGCAAUUUCAGAGAUGAUGAACACCGAGUGCAUGUCUGAUCGGGACUACCAGGGCUGGGUGGACUUUGGACGCCGGGACGCAGAGUGAAACACAGCGACGACAGCAAACGGAGAGAGCAGACUUGCUGCUGUGUGCUUAGAUUUUAUAUAAAGUUUUACUGCAAAUUUAUAAAUAAACUCUUUUGCUGAAUUA